GGAGCAGCAGCAGCAGCGGCGGCAGGAGCAGCAGCAGAGCGAGCGCUGGGUGUGGAGAGCUUCCCGGGGGGACCUCGGCUCGGGGCGGCCCAGAUGAGUGACUUUGGAAUCAAGAACAUGGAUCAGGUAGCCCCUGUGUCUAAUGUCUACAGAGGAAUGCUCAAGCAUCAACCAGCAUUUGAUGCCUUUGACGUCACAAACUCUCUGUUUGCAGGAUAUUUUCCCUCAUUAAAUGAAGAUCAAACCCUUCAAGAAGUACCAACAGGAUUUGAUUCGAUUUCUUAUGAGUCAAACAGCUGUGAAUUGCCUCUCCUAACCCCAUGCAGUAAGGCUGUUAUGAGUCAAGCUUUAAAAGCUACUUUCAGUGGCUUUGCAAAGGAACAGUGUCGUCUGGGUAUCCCAAAUAAUCCUUGGCUAUGGACAGAACAGCAGGUUUGCCAAUGGCUUUUUUGGGCUACCAGGGAGUUUAGUUUGGCAAAUGUGAACUUUCCUCAGUUUGUCAUGAACGGCCAAGACUUGUGCAACCUGGGCAAGGAACAUUUCUUGGAGCUGGCUCCUGAUUAUGUAGGUGACAUUCUGUGGGAACACCUGGAACAGAUGAUAAAAGACAGUCAAGAGAAGACACAGGACCAAUAUGUUGAAAACUCUCAUCUUACCUCAGCCCCACACUGGGUCAAUAACAACUCAUUAAGUUUUAAUACAGAACAGGCCCCUUAUGGUAUGCAAAUGCAUAGCUACCCCAAAGCCAGCCUCCUGAGUGACUUAUGUCAGACUUCUGCAGGACCAAAUCUCCUCAGCCCAGAUCAAGAAUUUUCAAUGUUCCCCAAAGCUCAGUUAGAGACCGUCAGCGUGAACUACUGCUCCAUGACCCGCGACUUCACAAACAAUCUGAACUUGCUGAUGGAUAACUCUGGUAAGCCCAGAGAGCAUGAAUCAAGUGACAGUGGCACAGAAAGUUAUGAAAGCACAGAUUCUCAACUUCAGUCCUGGAACAGCCAAUCCUCUUUAGUGGAUGUACAACGUGUGCCCUCUUAUGAAAGUUUUGAAGAUGAUUGUAGUCAGUCUCUAUGUCUGAACAAACCUACAAUGUCUUUCAAAGACUACAUUCAAGAAAGAAGUGAUCCUGUAGAGCAAGGGAAACCAGUUAUACCAGCAGCAAUUCUAGCAGGCUUUACAGGCAAUGGACCUAUACAACUGUGGCAAUUCCUUCUGGAGUUACUAACAGACAAAUCCUGUCAGUCAUUUAUUAGCUGGACUGGAGAUGGAUGGGAGUUUAAACUUGCUGAUCCAGAUGAGGUGGCACGACGGUGGGGAAGGAGGAAAAACAAGCCAAAAAUGAACUAUGAGAAACUAAGCCGAGGCCUGCGCUAUUAUUAUGACAAGAACAUCAUCCACAAAACAUCAGGGAAACGCUAUGUGUACCGGUUUGUAUGUGACCUACAGAACCUGCUGGGGUACACGGCAGAGGAACUUCAUGCCAUGCUGGGAGUACAGCCAGACACAGAAGAUUGAGCACUGCGAUAUCGUGCAAAACUGGCAGAGAUUGCAAGAUUUUGAACUGUGACUAGGACCCAUCUGCAGUCAGUCUUUUCAGAUUGGUGCAACUGUUAAGAAAUAAGGACCUUGAACUGGUUUUGUAAUCAGGGAAAGCUGAAGGAAGAAGUGGCCUUAUUUCAUCAGAUGCAAUGGCUUCAAGUAUUGCUGCACCAAGUCCCUUGGAGCAGUGUGGAGGAUGACACAGUGCCUAGCUCUAACCUGAAGACAUGAAGAUGCUCUAGGGUUAAAUGUUUUGGCCUUUUAUUAUGGGUUGUUUUUAAUACCAAAGGUUGGAGAGUGACCAGUUAUACAUCAGAAUUCUAGCUCAAAACUUAACCACGUUGCUUACAUCAUGAUAUGCAUUUUUAAAAAAAAACCUACUUAACCUUUUAUUUUAAAGCCGAGAGUGAGACAGUUUGUAUUGUUUGUGUAAUAAAAUGUACAUGUUAGGUACAGAAACAAAAAUUUUGUUUUAUGUUUCAAAAUUUGGUGUAGCAAUUAUAAUUUUUUUUCUUCCGAGGGGGGGGAAUCACACCAUUUCAAGUCAGUUUGUAUAUAUUUAUAUGUUGCUUCUUGAAGUUCUUUAAUGUUCCUAUUUAACAGAUAUUGUAUAAUGUAAUUUAAACUAAUUGUAUGUGUGUUUGAAAUAGGAAGAAUGUAAAUAUUUGUCUCAUGUUUGAAUAGGACAUACAACAUUUUGCAGUUUGAGGAAGUCUGUUAAAUGCCUUGUACAUGAUUAUACUGUAGGCCUGUAAUAUGACAGUCAGAUGGAGGGUAUUGGUGAAUAUUUUGCCCUGACUGCAGUUGGUAAACUUUGUUCAUUUUGGCAUUUUUACAAGAAACUGAUGUAAUCUGGGGCAUAAAGGGCCUGUUUCGCCUAACUGAAAAAAAAAUUAACAUGGAUAAGUGGAAUUUUUCUUGAUAAAUGGCGCAUGUUUUUUCACUUCUAUGCAUGUCCUUUUAAAAACAAUUUAUAUACAAGCUUUUUUUUGAGUUGUCUUUUUUUUCCCCUCUGGUUUAUCCCAUAUGAUUAAAAUAUGAAUUCUAUUUUUGGAAAUAAUUGUGGCUCCUUUUCAGAGAUCAGGAGGGAUUUAUGUAGCAGCUAAUUUUUAUUGCAAAAAAAAACAAUUCAUUGAAAAAAUGUAAUUUGUAAGAGCCUUAUUUUUUAUCUGAGCUUGAUGUACACUGAAAUGUGUUGUACAGUGUGGGGGGGGGGAACGACAAAUCUUUAUUAAAACAUCUUAAACAGAAAAAA